GUAUAUUUCCAUCCCCAUUCACACCUUUAGCAUCGCUUGCAAGCUAUCCCUUGAACCCGCAUUAAGAAGCCACUAUAACACUCUCUACUCUCUAGCCUGACGAUCUGCUCAAGUAAUCUCCCUCUAUAGAAUGCCCAAGGCUCCGAAAGUGCGAAAGCAACGAAAACGACCUUCAGUGACCCACAAGGAUCUUCUUCUUCGCCUCCUUCGGGAAGCAACAGCGGCAGAACUUGACAGCUUCAACCUCUCUCCCAGCACGACCUCCUCUUCCAAGCACGGCAGUACCAGUCCCUCACCACAGUCCCCCAGCCUCGGCCUCGACACACUUAACUACUCCAACAUCCUACUACUUGAAGAACUCGGAGAUGCACUGGAUAAUCGUACAGCUGUCAUUAAGCGCCUCGAGCAUCUCAUGCGCGACUCAGGCAAGAAGACGCCUACAGACCGAGCUACGCUCAAGGAGUGCCUCCGCCUUGAACUCGUCUCGCAGCAGAAGUUUAGAAGCACAAUCGAGGUCCUCAAGCACUCCGAGUUCAUCAGCGCCCUAGCACCUCCUGAGGACUGGAUCGACAUCCGGGAUGGUAUACGAGAAAUGACAGCACAGUUUGAGAAAGGCACGAAGAACCUUUGCAAACUGGGAGAUCGAAUCGCUAGCACCGUUGUCUCAGGUGGAUCAUAGUAUGUUGUACCGUGUUAGCGUCAAGUCACAUUCCGUGUAACUACUAAUUUGUAUUAUCGUGUGUAAUAUCUAUCGAGACCAUCAAUCUAAUGGUUGUUUACU